CAUCAAAGGUCGACGAGUUCUCGCAGUUGCCUUCCUUGAUAGAUCUAGGGUUCUUCGCUCUGAGUUUGUGAUCAAGCCAGACUCUAAUGGAGGUUGUUCGAGGUUCACAGUCUCAAAUAUCUGUCUGGAAUCACUGAUUUGGUGACUUUCGCGACGUUUCGCACAUGAUUCGUCGACUAUGUUAUGUUACGGUAUUAAGUGUUCCUCCCCUUAAGCAUCAAUCUUUCCUCCUUGGAUCCACGACGCCCACGAUUUCUCAUUCAUUAAUACCCAGCUUCUAGAGAAUUUAUUGGCUGCAUAGGGAGAGAAUCCAUAAAACACUCAGUUAACCCUUUUUAUUGCAUACAUGGUUGGGAAGACUUACACCCUCCAGGUCAGGAUUAGUAGCUACAACUUCACAGCCAAUCACCAAACCUUCACUAUAUUUCGCAUAUUGAACGAGCCUGAUCGUCUGCCACUGCAUGACUUUGUAACUCAAGACGGCUUCGAUGAUAAUGACGCUGAUAUGCCUGGGAGUGUAUCGGUGCCUACUAAGGUGGACAUUGAUGACACUGAUUAUGAGGAGGUACCAACUGCAGUAACUACUUCAACGGGUGUUAACAACAGUAAGUCUCUCACUGCAGGGACUUCCAAGGUUUCCAAGAAGGACGGUGUCGCUUAAUGCUUAGGCAUCAAUGUUCUCUGUUUCAAUAAUGCUUAGGCAUCAAUAUUGGGUUUUUUUAAGACGUG